CAAGAGUGUAAUCCAAAUCUAUCAGAAUUCGAUUUUAUAUUGAAGGUGUUCGGGGUCCUAAUCACACACCAGACCAAAAUUGGUGCGGCACUGCAUAGCUGCGAAGGCUACAACACGAGCUACAUCAAGCUUGUCUUUCCACUUGUCGUUCUUUCCCUGAUUUCUACCUUGCCGUGCUGGUUCUCGGCCCCUAGGCCCUUUCACAAUACCCCUGGUCACUAAUUCACCAUUUCAAUGUCUUUGUUCAAGCGGCAUCCGCCACCGUCAGACAUCGACGAGAAUGAUACCAUAGACCCACAACUCCGUCUCCGCACAGUGCACACAGCGGCUUCCACUAUCGCAGAAUCCAUCCGUUCAGAAAUUAGAGCGCAAAAGAGGCGGACCCAGAAGAGAUUUUUAUUUUCUCGCAAGAAUGCAAAGAAACCAAAGAUUUCAGAACCAGGCCCAUCAACGUCCCAAGUACCCGAGGCCUCCUCAGCCCCGCAAACGCGGAUUCCAGGCGCCCGGAGGAACAUAUACGUUAAUCAACCGCUCUCUGCCAUGGAGACUGACCAUCAUGGCGAACCGCUCGCCCGGUAUGCACGGAACAAAGUUCGCACAAGCAGGUAUACACUCGUGACCUUUCUGCCGAAGAACUUGUUUGAACAAUUUCACCGAAUCGCCAAUAUUUACUUUUUAGCGCUCGUGAUUUUUCAACUUUUCUCCGUCUUCGGUGCCGCAUCGCCGCAGACUGCCGCUCUUCCGUUGUUGUUCAUCUUAGUCGUGACAGCAGUCAAGGACGCUGUCGAGGAUUAUAGACGAGCCCGACUCGAUGAGGAAGUGAACACUUCAGCAGUAACGCGACUCGGGCAAUGGCGCAACGUAAAUCUGGCUCUUGAUCCCCGACCAUGGUACCAACGACUGCUCCAUAUACAUGCUCCUGGAAAAAUCACUCGUGGAGUGCAGAAAUUACGGGAGAAGGAAGCAGGCGAAGGAAAGCAGGUCAUCUUGAGCAAGGGCGGUGAAGACAGGGUCAGCAUGAGUACCACAGACAUGAACGAUAGUAUUACCUUGGGCGGAUCUCACCCUCCUACAGGGGCAGGUGGCCGGCAACUGGAGGACAUUGAAGGCAGUGUGGGCAGCGUGGACUUACAUACCUAUCCUCCGGGGCUCUCCGAAAACGAGCUUGGAGGAUGGGGCCAGCACAGUAUGUCCCUAUCAAACUAUGUGCAGUCAUCUCCUUCACGGUCAUAUGUGGGCGUGGUAGAUUGGAGCAGGCGCACGAAUGGGACAGCCCGUUGGGAGAGGACGUUGUGGAAGAAGCUGGAGGUCGGCGACAUCGUGCUUCUACGGGAAGAUGAGCAGGUCCCUGCUGAUAUCGUCGUAUUAUCGACAUCGGAUGCAAGCGGACUGUGUUAUCUCGAAACCAAGAACCUUGACGGCGAAACGAACCUCAAGGUACGGAAGGCAAUCCAGGCUACGGCGUCCCUUAGCUCAGAAGAAGACAUCGAAAAAUCCUCGUUUGUCCUUGAUUCAGAACCUCCGCACCAGAACUUGUAUGUAUACAAUGGGGUCCUGCGAUAUACAGACGCUACCACGGGCGAACCUCGUAAAGAGGGUGUCACUAUCAAUGAGCUGCUCCUUCGUGGCUGCACCGUCCGCAACACCGCAUGGAUCAUCGGACUGGUCGUCUUCACCGGCCCGGACACCAAGAUAUACUUGAACGGUGGACAGACACCAUCCAAGCAAUCGAAAAUCGCGAAGGAGACAAACUUUAAUGUCAUAAUGAACUUCCUAUUCUUGGUCAUCAUCUGUUCGGUGUCAGCAACCAUCAACGGUGUCAUGGAUGGGCUAACGGCCACAAGCACGUAUAUAUAUGAGCAAGGUGUCGAACCCACCAGUUCCAAUGCACUCAAUGCACUCGUUACUUUCGUGUCAUGUCUCAUCGCCUUUCAGAACAUCGUCCCAAUCUCCCUGUUCAUCUCUAUUGAGAUCGUCAAGACCAUCCAAGCCUACUUCAUCGCUCAAGAUUUGGAUAUGUACUACAAGCCUUUCAACACCGCCUGUGUCCCAAAGAACUGGGGUAUUUCUGAUGAUCUCGGCCAAAUCGAAUAUAUAUUCUCCGACAAGACUGGAACGCUGACACAAAACGUGAUGGAGUUCCAAAAAUGCUCGGUGCACGGAGUCGUAUACGGAGAGGGCGUUACAGAAGCGCAGCGCGGGGCUGCAACGAGGGAAGGCCAGGCUGACGCAGUAGCACCAGAAGAGCUGGCAGAAAAGCUUGCUGCGCUCAAGGAUACCAUGGUUACCAAGCUGACAAAGCUAUUCAAGAACCGCUAUAUGCAGGUCAACAAACUCACGCUCGUUUCGCCGAAGCUUGCAGAGGACCUCGCAGACCGCUCGUCGGAACAAUAUUCUCAUAUCGUCGCGUUUUUCCGUGCCUUGGCUGUGUGUCACUCGGUCUUGGCAGAUAAGCCUGAGCCACAGGAGCGCCCUUAUCACUUGGAGUAUAAGGCUGAGUCUCCGGAUGAGGCUGCCUUGGUUGCUGCUGCGCGGGAUGUUGGUUUUCCUUUUGUGGGCAAGCAGAGGGACACGAUUGACAUUGAAGUGCUUGGCCAACCUGAACGGUUCACACAUAUGAAGACGCUCGAGUUCUCUAGCGCACGUAAGCGCAUGAGCGUCAUCGUUCGUGCAUCAGAUGGACGCCUCAUCUUAUACUGCAAAGGAGCGGACAGUGUCAUAUACGAACGGCUUGCCGAGAAUGUGGACCCUGCUUUGAAGGAGAAGACGACCAAGGACAUGGACUUUUUCGCUAAUGGUGGUUUGCGCACGCUCUGCAUUGGUUAUAGAGUGCUCGAGGAGGAUGAGUUCUUGAGGUGGGUGCGGACGUAUGAAGAUGCUCAGUCGGCUAUCGACAACCGCGACGAGGCCAUCGAAAACGCGGCUGCUGAGGUGGAACACUCGUUGCAGAUACUGGGCGCUACGGCUCUUGAGGACAAGCUACAAGAAGGAGUGCCGGAAGCUAUUGAAAUGCUCCAUCGCGCCGGAAUCAAGCUUUGGAUUCUCACAGGCGACAAACUCCAGACAGCGAUCGAGAUUGGUUUCAGCUGUAACCUCCUGAAGCAGGAUAUGGAAGUUAUGAUCCUGUCUGCUGAUACCCCCGAAGGCACUCUUGCUCAGAUAGAAGCGGGCCUCAACAAGAUUGCGUCGAUAUUGGGCCCGCCUACCUCGAAAACACUGGAACGUGGGUUUGUCGUUGGCGCCAAGGUUUCCUUUGCGGUCGUUAUCGAUGGUGACACCCUACGUCAUGCCCUGACGCCGGAUAUCAAGCCUUUGUUCCUGAACCUUGGUACCCAGUGCGAAACAGUCGUAUGCUGUCGUGUCUCCCCUGCUCAGAAGGCAUUGACCGUGAAACUGGUCAAGGAGGGUCGGAAGGCGAUGACGUUGUCCAUAGGAGAUGGUGCUAAUGACGUCGCAAUGAUUCAAGAAGCCAAUGUUGGUUGUGGUCUACUUGGACACGAAGGUUCACAAGCUGCUAUGUCUGCCGAUUAUGCCUUUGGUCAAUUCAGGUUUUUGACGAAGUUGCUGCUCGUCCAUGGGAGGUGGUCUUACCAGCGUAUUGCUGAUAUGCAUAGUAAUUUCUUCUACAAGAACGUUAUCUGGACGUUGGCCAUGUUUUGGUUUAUGCCAUUUUGCUACUUCGAUGCAACCUAUCUAUAUGAUUACAGCUUUAUUUUGUUUUACAACCUCAUCUUUACCUCACUGCCUGUCAUCGUGCUCGGAUCAUUCGAUCAAGAUAUUAAUGCAAAAGCUGCCCUUGCUUUCCCUCAGCUCUAUGUUCGUGGCAUCAGAGGCUUGGAGUACACGCGGACAAAGUUCUGGUUCUACAUGCUCGAUGGUCUAUACCAAUCUGCGGUCGUCUUCUUCAUUCCCUACUUGGUCUGGCAGCUUGGACUGGCUGUGGCGUCCAACGGCAGAGGGAUUGAUUCUUUAGCUGACUUCGGGACAACUGUUGCGGUUGCUGCUAUUUUUGCGGCGAAUACAUAUGUCGGGAUGAACACUCACUACUGGACCUCCAUCACCUGGAUAGUCAUCGUCGGAUCAUCCCUUGUCAUGAUGCUUUGGAUCGUUAUCUACUCGUUCCUUCCAGUGAACACCUUCUUUUCUAACACGGAUGGAUUUAUAGACGAGGUAGAGAUUCUCUUCUCCAAUGUCACGUUUUGGACGACAGUUGUUUUCUCCGUUUUGGUGGCACUGGCGCCUCGGUUCCUCACCAAGUUCUUCAAGUCGACGUAUAUGCCCUUGGAUAAAGACAUUAUUCGCGAGAUGUGGGUUAUAGGGGAUCUCAAAGAUCGUCUAGGGAUCCGCCAUCGCAAGGAAUCAAAAAACAAACAUGUUGUUGACCUUGAGACUGCACCCAUGUUUCGCGAACCUCACGCUCGUUCAGCAUCGGAAUUAGCUCUGCAGCAAAGUUACGAGCCGACAUCUUCAAGAUCCCCCGCAGGUUCCGAUAGGAAGAGUCCUGACGAUAAUGGCGCAGAAGCUAUCGAGCUGGUCCCCCAGGCCUCUCUACCGAAUCCCUACAACACGGAAGAUAGUGUCUCACCCAGUCCCUCUUACUACUCGCCAUCUGACAUCCCUGCACCCUCGCCCAUACCACCCUCGUUAUACAAGUAUCCAUCAGGAGAAAUAAGCAGCCAAACAUUUGCCGGGCCGUCGCGCUCACAUUCCCUGAGCCCUGAGCCUCCCGUUCCUAGAUUAACUUAUCCACGCCCCUCGCGUGAUUGGUCCCAAUCCCCUUCGCGUCUGCAGACCCCUCCACACCCUCAUUCCUUGGCACCUGGACGGCAACCCCUCGUUCAACUUCAACCAGAGGGACUUCAUGAUCACGACGCUGGCGAAGGCCGGUAUCGACCAGAAGAAUCUGAUCAAGAAGAUCAGGCAGACAACUCACUGGCGUGGGACGAGCCGAGGGUUCUCUGAGGUCUUGCUGGAUGUCGAUGUAUCAUAGGAGUGACGUUGUGAAACUGUUGUACUCACCCUUGCUUUCGUUCUGACCUGUCUACAUCUUAUUGCAACACUCUUGUGCAUUUCGCAUUUACAUGGACUCGUAGUCGAUACCGAGAUGGCCAUCCCUAUCUAUUGUCCUACACCUUUUUUCGAUGUCAAGCUAAAAACUUUUAACAUUGAUUUUUUAAUGGACUUGUUAAGGCCAGGUGUUCAGGACCAACUCAUGAUGAUAGAUUUCAGGACGCUGGAGAUUUUGUAGUUUUGAAAAAGAACAGGAAUCUCACAUAAUAUCAAUGGCACAGCUAUUCUUCUAG